AUGUGGAGGAAGCUCCCAGAAGUGGGAAGUGGCCGACCUAAAACAGCAUGUACACAAGAGAAUGUUCAACAUGUGGAGGAAGCUAUCUGCACCCAGGAGGACAAUCCAGGAACCCACAGGUCACAGAGACAAAUUGCGUCUGAUCUUGGAGUAUUCCGCACUUGGAGAAUGACAAAAAAGCUGGUAUUGAAAUCUUAUAAGAGGAUACGAGGUUUACGACGAGACGAGAAAGUAAAACAGAAGAGGAAAACGAGGUGCAAAAAGCUAGAUGAUAAAUAUUCCACAAAAGACGUUGAAAAAAUGAUUUUCACGGACGAGAAGGACUUCACUGUUGAGAUUGCUGACAAUCGCCAGAAUGAUCGAGUGUACGGCAGAAGGAAGAAAGACAUUUUUGUCAAGCGACUGUAUCAUGAAACUUCACGGUUUGCGAAGAAAGUGAUGGUCUCUGCAAGAGUUUUCUGCCAUUAA